AUGUCCUGACGUCCUCAGAGGAUUGACUGCUCUCCAGUACUGAGUCACUGCAGCACGACAGGAUUCUGAUUGGACGAGCAAAGGUGACAUCAAACACUGUUCAUCUAACGUGGACGUGAAGACUUUCAAAUUAAAGCUGGAAACCACAAAAUAAAUGUAGCCAAAAUAACAAAAGCUAUUCAUGUUAAUAACAAAACCUGAGACAGGACUCACCUGAGACAGGACUCACCUGAGACUGGACUCACCUGAGACUGGACUCACCUGAGAUUGGACUCACCUGAGAUUGGACUCACCUGAGACAGGACUCAUUUUACAGUGCUUCACUUCUUACAGUGUACACCUCACUUCCAAACUACAUGCUGUCAGUUGUUUUUGUGUUUUUGCAGUGCAUCCGGAUUUCACAUGUGCGUUAAUGAUCAGUGUUGUAGUGACUGACAGAGGCCACCUGAUGGCAGUACACACACACACACACACACACACACACACACACACACACACAUUGAAUGGACAGUGUUGUCGAGGAGACAGAGACGAUCAUGAGACUGAACCAUGUGAGUCACAUGAGACGGAGAGAGAAGACGAGUGAAUCCAGAGGACCAAGACAAGAUGGACGACCUGUCCCGGUGGGUGAGGAAGUGCUGCUGUGGAGAGGAAGAGGAGGAUGAGGAGGAAACAGGGAGGAGGGAAGGAGAAGGAGAAGGAGAAGAAGGAGAAGAGGAGGAGGAGCAGGAGGAGAUGAUGGAGGAGCUCAGAAAAAGCAGGAGUUCAACUUCCCUCCCUCCAGCUGAGAUGAAUCCGGACCUGUCCCCCUCUGGGUCCCAGCCUCACUGGUUCCACACUCUGCAGGUCCGGCGGUCCCGAGCGCAGCGAGAACGCAGCAACAGUGACCCGCUGGGACGGAACAUGAGCCCGGACCGCCUCACCUGGAAACCAGGUCUUCAGUUUGGAGCAGCUCAGUCUUACGUGAGUCUGGAGAAACUGGGCGAAGGAGCGUACGCCUCCGUCUACAAAGGAAUCAGCAGGAUUAACGGGCAGCUCGUGGCUCUGAAGGUGAUUCGUAUGAAGACGGAGGAAGGGGUCCCGUUCACCGCCAUCAGGGAAGCCUCUCUCCUUAAAGGUCUGAAACAUGCCAACAUCGUCGUCCUCCAUGACAUCAUCCACAGCAGAGAGUCUCUGACGCUGGUCUUUGAAUACGUGCAAACAGACCUGGCCCAGUACAUGAUCCAGCACCCCGGAGGACUGCACUCACAGAAUGUCCGGAUCUUUAUGUUCCAGUUGCUGCGAGCUCUCUGCUACAUCCACAGUCGGCGGAUCCUCCACAGAGACCUGAAGCCUCAGAAUCUGCUCAUCAGCUACCUGGGAGAACUCAAGAUGGCCGACUUUGGUCUGGCUCGGUCCAAGUCCAUCCCCAGUCAGACCUUCUCCUCUGAGGUGGUGACGCUGUGGUAUCGACCCCCCGACGUCCUGCUGGGAUCCACAGAUUACUCCACGGCUCUGGACAUCUGGGGAGCUGGCUGCAUCUUCAUAGAGAUGCUGCAGGGGGCGCCGGCGUUCCCCGGAGACACAGACGUGUUCCAACAACUACAGAAGAUCUGGACGGUCCUGGGCGUCCCGUCUGAGGACAGCUGGCCUGGAGUCAGUCAGCUGCCCAACUACAAACCAGAUUGGUUCGUUCACUCGGAGCUCAAGCAGUUCAGGACCGUUUGGAAAAGGUUGAACCAGCUGCCCUACAAGACCGAGGACCUGGUCCAGAGGAUGUUGAAGGGCAUCCCGACAGACCGGAUCUCCGCACAGGACUCUCUGCAGCACCCAUACUUCAGCACACUACCUCCUCCCAUCAUGCACCUCAGAGACACGGUGUCCAUUUUCAAGGUGCCCAGUGUCCGACUGGAGACAGAGGUCAGAGACAUCUUCAAUCCCAGACGGAGGGUCAAGACCUCCUUACUGCCCACCACCAAGUGCUGGUGAACAAACGCUCAGACCAACCGCCAUCAAACCAUCAAACCAUCAUCAGCCUGAUGAGACAACUAAAGGAACUAACAUGAAGCUAAAGCUAAAGCAGAACGUGUCAUAUUAACUUUAUUUGUUGAUUUAAUUCUAAAAUGUUUUGAACAGUUCCUGUUAGCAUCUGUUAGCAUUGUUGUCUGGACUGGUCAAAGUGGUCACCAGUGACUUCAUUGGUGUUUGAGUUGACAGAUCUUCUUCUACAGGAGCCCAGAACAGACAAACCAAACACUGAACACAGAGCACCUGACUGCGUCACUGUGCGUCACUGCUAGAUGUGACCAAGUCCUUCACACCAACACCAGACUCACGAUGAAGCAGCAGAGAUUUUAUUUCUUCUUCACGGCCUCACUGAACAUCAACAGCAUGUUUGUCUCUACAGAUUCAGUCACAUGAUUCAUGAACCAUCGUCACAGUGACGUCAUCACGUUGAAGUGUCGACGACGUUUGGAUGAAUUUUCAUGAAUAUUUACAUUUCGAUAAAUGAUUUAUUGUUUCAGGGUUUUCAAAACGAUUCAAUGAAAGUUUUACAAACAGAUUUAAUAAAAUCAACACAAAAUUCA